AUGGAGGGGGAUGUCGAUGGCGUCAUGGAGCGGCCGACCUCGGCUUCCGGCAUGCCAGCCGACGAGCUUCAACGCGAGAAAGACAAGUGGGAUGCAUGGAACCUUCAGAAAGGUUUGAGCCGGACGGAGGCGAAGAGGAGAUAUAUCGAGGCAUUGAUCGAGACGAUGCACAAAUAUGCGACAACACCGUAA